AUGAUGCUGCGGGCGAGUGGUUUGAUUUGCGUGGCACUGCUGGGCGCCGUACUUGUUCACGCAUCGAAUGUGCUGGAUUUGACAAAGACGACUGCGUUCGAUGCUGUCGUAGGCAAAGAGGUCGGUGCGCUGGUUGAGUACUUUGCGCCUUGGUGCGGCCACUGCAAGAACCUCGCGCCGGAAUACGAAAAGGUGGCCGACUCAUUUGCCUCGAAAAGCAACAAGGUUGUGAUUGGAAAGGUAGAUGCUGACUCGAAUCGCGAGCUUGGUUCGCGCGCGGGCGUCAAGGGGUUCCCGACGAUUCUUUUUUACCCUGCGCAAUCCACCGACCCGGUGGAAUACCGCGGCGCCCGCACUGCCGAGGCAAUCGCCGAUUUUGUGACACAGCAAAGCAAGGUGCGCUCAAAGAUGGCACCGUCCGAGCCGUCCGCAGUGGUCGAGGUGACCGCGGACGACUUUGACGCGAUCGUCAUGGAUCCCAAGAAAGAUGUACUCGUCGAGUUUUACGCUCCUUGGUGCGGAUACUGCAAAAAGCUCGCGCCGAUUUACGAAUCUAUGGCUCAGGUCUUCCGCCGUGACAGCAACUGCGUAGUUGCCAAGAUCGAUAUGGACAAUGAGGACAACGCAGCUGUGCGCAAGCGGUUCCAGAUCAAGUCGUUCCCCACCCUGCUCUUCUUUCCCGCAGGCUCUGACGACAAAUGGCCGCGCCCUUACAUCAAGGAACGCACCGAAGAGGACUUUAUUGCUUUUAUGAACGAAAAGUGCUUUACCUUCCGCAACAAGGACGGUACACUGGGCAGCCUCGCCGGGCGUCUGCCAUCGCUUGAUGGCCUUGCUUCGCGCUUCUACCACGCCGCUGCAGACGCGCGCGAUACACUUGUCCAGGACGCGAAGCGCUUCGCCGGCGAGCUGACGGAAAAGGAGAUGUCGCCGGCCAAGGACGAAGCCGCGCGGUACUAUUUGCGCGUAAUGGAACGUGCUUCACGGGACGGUCUCGAGUACGUCAAGCGCGAGAGCGAGCGGAUCAGCAAGAUUAUUGCCAAGCACACGGCGGGCACAACGCAGCUUGCGGGCGAAAAGUUGGACCAGCUUCAGCGCAAGGCAAAUGUGCUGAGCGCAUUCCUCAACAAACGCAUUGCCGAUAGUAUUGACCGGGCCGUCAAGUCUGCCGAGGCCGAAAAGGCACAGCAGACCGCAGCGGAAACGCACGAGGAGCUCUAA